UGUAAUCACAUUUUUGACAGCAAAUAAGUUAAAAAAAUAAGGCUUCUCAAUAUCAAAAAAGUGGUGUUUGACCUAUAAAUCAACAAUUUUCAUUUAUUGAAAAGGUUCUGAGCUAUACAGGAAAAAAAUCUUCAUACGAAAUUCAGUAACUGUGUCUGCAGACAAACAACAAUUGUGCGAAGAAAAAGAGUUGGACGCGAGCUGGGUCAUUGUCGCUUUAGGUUUUUUACACAAAUACACAGAAAGAUGGAGAAAACAUCUUCCAAACUGAUAACUAAUAAGGAAUCAGCCCAAUGUCAACACGAUGAACUGGCCACCAGCUCAAGUGGAAUACUAAGCCAAAGCUCAAUAGCCGGGUCAAAAUUGAAACGAAAAUGCCAACAUGAAAUUUCUCAUUUGUGUUCAAAGGAAAAGAAAAUAUCUGACGAUGAGAAAACACCAACAGAAUUCAACGAUAUGUGUGACAAUGUAAUUGAUAUCAUUCUGUGCCAUUUGAACCUAGAAGAUUUGGCAAAUAUAUCCGACACAAAUAAACGACUCAGAAAUAUUGCUGGUUCAGUAUUUUCCCGAAAACAUGGAAAUCAUUUAAUAUCAUUUGAUGCUUUUCAUUAUGUACCUUAUAAACCGGUUGAUUAUGUACGUCGUAUCUAUGAAAACAGAAAUCUAAUUUAUUGUGAGAACAAACUGAUCGUCAGAAUUAGUGAUGCAAUAAUUUGGUUUAAAUUAAUGCGGAAUUUUGGAGAAUCCAUUAAGUUUAUUUGUAUUCAUUGCAGUGUUGAUACAAAUAUUCCAAUCGUCUUGAAGAAUGUGUUCAAAUACGUUUGCGAUUAUUGUGCUGAUUCAUUGGAGGCACUGGAAUUGCAUUCAUUUCCAUUUUUCACGUUGAAUAAACCAUUGAUAAAACUUCAAGAAUUCAUCGCUAGAACUUCUUUUUUUGACUUGGAAGCAUUGGAAUUAAUGCCAAAUCUACGUUCUUUGAAUUUAUCAUAUGCUCCAAAAUCAGUGGAAAAAUAUUUUUUGAAAUUGGAACGAGUUUCCUUGAUAAUUGAAAGCGAUGAAGAAGUUCAUUCAUUUAUUUCUUUUUUGCAAAUGAAUCGUCAAAUCAAAUAUUUGCAUUUAUGUAUGCAAAUAAGUAAUUAUAAUGACUUAAUAUAUUCUUCGAUCGAUGAAAACUUAACACAACUGAAAACUUUUAAAUUAACCGUGUGUUAUCGUGGCAAACAAAAUGCGCCGGAAUUAAUUCCAACUUAUCGAUUCAAAACAAUCGAAACAUUUUCAUAUGAUGGUUGGUCAUGUGGGCGAAUAAUUGAAUCAUAUGAGUUUGAUAAUCUCCAAAAGUGUCAUUUAAAAAUGUGCGUAAAUAUGCAUUGGAUGAACUUCAUAUUGCGUAAUAAAAAAUUGAAAAUAUUGAAAUUCUUCUCGAGAAGUGCAAGCUGGAUAGAAAAAAAUAAUGUAACUAUUCGAAAACUGCUGGACGAAUUAACUGAAUUGGAACAAAUCGAUUUCGAAUAUGAUAUAAAAGAAAAACACUUGAUUUUGAAGGAAAUUCUUGGAAACGAAUGGGAACAAAUUCAAAUGAAAGAAAUUGCAUCUACAUUGAAGUCGAUAUGGAAAUCGAAAUUUCGACGUAUUCCAAAGAUUCAAAAAAUAUUGAAAACUAAUGAUUAAUUUAAGAAAAACUUAUCCGAAUUUAGUUUUUAUUUUGAUUUUAGAUUCAUAAAUAAUCUAUAUACUUAUAGAAUAACAUAUGCAUAGAAAGUCUUGGCACAACUUCAGACGUCCACUAUUUGAACAACAAAAAAACAAUAUUAAAUUCGUUCUUAUUGGUAGAAACCUUUAUUCAUCAACUAUCGAAUAGCACAUUCACAUCACACUUAAUGGACCUUUGUCUUCGAUUUGUCGAAGUUUGUAUCGAACCUUCAAAAUCAUGCGUUGGCAGACCGAUUUGUCAAUUUCUUUCAAUUUUCUCUUAAUCCUUCCAACUAAUUGUUGCUCGUUUUGAGUUUCUCAGCCCUUCUCGUACACUUUACGUUUGAGAUCUGACCAGAAAUCUUUGGUUGACAUUCUUGUGAUUGUUAUUGCAGUGUAAAAAACGCUGUAAGUUGUGCCAAGACUUUCUAUACAUAUGUUAAAGUGUUUUGAAUUUUAUGAACAAAAAAUGUAUUUACUUCUUUUAUAUGGUAUGAAAAGACAACAACAAUCACACGUAAUUUCAAAUUUUCAAUUUCCAAAUUUUGUUGUUAGAUCGUAACGACAUUUGUAGUAGAGUAUUUUGAAACACACUCUAUAUGAAGUUAUUUUCACACCCACUGUGUGCAGUAAAGUCCUACAAAUAACAGAAAAUAAAGAAAACGAAAAAAUGAAAA